AAAAUUGAGAAAUAAAUUUCAUUUUUUUUUUUCUGUUUUAAUUUCCAUCAAUAAAAUGAAAUAAAUAAAAAAAUAACUUGAUUUAAUUUUUAAAAUAUAAAAUUAAUAAUUACAUAGUCCGUUUAUAAUUAAAAUUAAAACUCCAGAAAUAUUAAUAACAGCUACAUAUAUACAUAUAAAGUAGAAAUUUCAGAUUAAUUUAUAAAAAAACAAUUGAAAUGGAUGGACCUAUUAAGAGUUUUGUACGAGAAAUAUUUGCGGUAAGAUUUAACCCUGAAGCCCAUGAUCCGGAAGGUGAAAGAAUCGAUGGAAGUGGUCAAUGUUACCCUAAUUGCGAUGGUACUGUAUGGUUAAGAUCAUGUGAAAAAGAAAUCACGGAUCCAUUAAAAGGCAAAGUUUCAGGACAUAUUCCAAAAUGGUUAAAUGGAUCACUUUUACGAAAUGGACCAGGAAAUUUAAAAUUUGGUGAUACAACUUAUCGUCACCUAUUUGAUAGUUCAGCAUUAUUACAUAGAUUUGGUAUUAAAGAUGGUGAAGUAACAUAUCAAUGUAAAUUUCUUCGUACGGAAACGUACAAAAAGAAUCUAGCAGCUCAAAGAAUAGUUGUAACGGAAUUUGGUACAGCAGCAGUUCCAGAUCCAUGUCAAUCAAUUUUUCAAAGAGUUGCUGCAGUUUUUGAUCCAGAUGGUGCAACAGACAAUAGUAUGGUUUCAGUUUAUCCUUUUGGUGAUGAAUAUUAUGCUAUGUCAGAUGGUCCUUUUAUGCAUAAAAUUGAUCCAGUCACAUUAGAAACACAAAAUCGAAAAAAAAUCAGUGAUUAUGUAGGAAUAAUAAAUCAUACAUCUCAUCCACAUGUGAUGUCAGAUAAAACUGUUUAUAAUUUAGGAAUGUCAGUAACAAAAUUUGGUCCGGUGUACAACAUCAUAUGUUUUCCAAAAGGACAUAAUAUGUUUAAAAAUGCACAUAUUGUUGGUUCAAUUCCAUGUCGCUGGAAAAUACAUCCGUGCUACAUGCACACAUUUGGAAUCACAAAACGUUUUUUUGUAAUAGUUGAACAACCAAUGACAGUAUGCCUUAAAGAUUAUGUUAAGGCACAAAUGACAAAUCAACCAAUGAUUUCAUCAUUGAAAUUUUUUGAAGACAAAUGUACAAUAAUUUAUUUAAUGGAUAGAAAAACCGGAAAAGUUCAUUACACUUACAAAGCAGAAGCAUUUUUUUAUCUUCAUAUAAUUAAUUGUUAUGAACAAGAUCAACAUGUUAUAGUAGACAUAUGCUGUUAUAAGGAUCCUGCAAUGUUAAAUUGUAUGUAUAUUGAAAGUAUGAUGAAUAUGCAAACUAAUCCAAAUUAUGCAGCAAUGUUUCGGGCACGUCCACUUAGAUUUAUAUUACCAUUAUCAAAAAUUGAAAGUUAUUGUCCAAAUACUUUAAUGAAAUCCUUAUCUUUAACAAGUUUAUCUGGACGUUUAACUGGCUAUCAUUAUAAUCAUCAGCAGCAUACAAAACCUUCAUUAAAAAGAUCAGAAUCUACUCAACAUGAUGUAACAUUUUUAGCAGCUAAUACAAAUUUAGAUUUAAGUAACAAUAAUCCAGAGUUGGAUACAAGAGAUGUUGUUUUACGUAAUUUAAUUACGUUGGAUAAUACUAGAGCAGAAGCAUAUAAAUUACAAGAUGGUGGAAUAUUUGUUAGACCAGAACUUUUAGGCGAUAUUGGAUGUGAAACUCCAAGAAUUAAUUAUGAAAAAUAUUUAGGUCAAAAGUAUAGAUAUUUUUAUGCAAUAAGUUGUGAUGUUGAUAUGGAAAAUCCUGGAACAUUAAUCAAAAUUGAUGUUGUUACUAAAACUAAAAAAACAUGGAGUGAAUAUAAUUGUUACCCAAGUGAACCGAUAUUUGUAUCUAGCCCUAAUUCACAGGAUGAAGACGAUGGAGUCGUGUUAGCUGCUCUGGUUUGGGGUAGUGUACAAGAAGAUAGAGCUGGUUUAUUAGUUCUUGAUGCAAAAACUUGGACUGAACUUGGUCGUUGUGUAUUUAAAUGUCCUGGACCAGUUCCAAAAUGUUUACAUGGUUGGUACGCCCCGAGCACAGAAUGUGGUCGUGAGCUUCAUGUAUAAUAUUUUUACCGAAUUUUCCGCUUAUUCAUCACUUAUUUUUCUAAAAAUUUAUGUGUAAAAAAGAAAAUUUAUUUUAUUUUUUAUAUAAAUAUUUCAAUAAAAUGCUUGAAAUACCAA